UGACAUCAAAAAAAACACUAAAUCACCAUGAUAAUAUCAAGAUUUACAAUCAUAGAUUUUUUAUUUUCAUCGUUUACCUUCUUGCUUGUAAAUGCCCGGCUCAUCCAGGGAUUACUCGGUAAAGGAAUMCUAUACCCACGUGACUCAGAAUCCCGACAAAUCAAGUCGCUGGACGGAAUCUGGAGCUUUCGAGCUGACACUUCUUUGCAUCGAUCAGAUGGAUUCGAACUGAGGUGGUUUGAUCAGGCCUUACAUCAGACUGGUGAUGUCAUUCCAAUGCCAGUCCCGUCCAGCUUUAAUGAUAUCACUGAAAUGAGAUGGCUAAAGAAUUUCGUGGGCUGGGUUUGGUACGAGCGACAGUUCUACAUACCAAUGGCAUGGUCUGCUCAAGUUGACAGCUUGCGCAUCGUGUUAAGAUUCGGGAGUGUCAACUAUUACUGUAAAGUGUGGCUGAAUGGAAAUGAAAUUACAAGUCAUGAAGGAGGGCAUUUACCGUUUGAAGUUGAAGUAACACACUAUCUUGACUAUAGUCGAUCCAAUCGACUCACUGUAGCAGUCAAUAACACCUUAACGAGAAACACCAUUCCACCAGGGGAAUACCAGGAAGACCAAGACUACAUCGCCAGUCAAAAAUACAGUUUUGACUUUUUCAACUACGCCGGAAUUCACCGUUCUGUGAUCCUCUACACCACCCCACCAGUCUUCCUAUCUGACAUUAGUAUAGCAACCGACUAUUUGUACGACGCAGGCAUUGUAAAGUUCUUUGCUUCCGUGUCUAAUACUGCUGGCCACCAAGUGUAUGAUCGCGGCAUUACCAUGCUUUAUGAACUGCUAGAUCAUAAUAGAAGACUGGUAACGACUGUUGGUGGAACAGGACUGCUUGAAGGACAGCUACGGGUAACUAACCCGUCAUUGUGGUGGCCAAUAGGAAUGGGGUAUAAACCCGCAUAUCUUUACACCCUUCAGAUAACGACCAUWACUAAUACGACUCAAGAUGUUUACCGACUUCCUGUAGGAAUACGAUCAAUUCGACUACUGAAGACACGGUUUUUGAUCAACGAUGCGCCUUUUUAUUUCAAAGGAUUAGGCAAACACGAAGAUGCUGAUUUUCGUGGUCGAGGGUUUGAUCUUCCAACGCUAGUAAAGGAUUUCAACCUAUUGAAAUGGUUUGGUGCGAACUCAUUUCGCACAAGUCACUAUCCAUAUUCAGAAGAGACGAUGAACUUAGCGGACGAACUCGGUUUUGUUGUCAUCGAUGAGUGUCCUGCUGUUGGGUUAUCUAAACUAGAGUACUUUAACAACCAUACAUUUGAACUCCACUUAAGGAUAAUGGAAGAAUUGAUMCAAAGGGAUAAAAAUCAUCCUUCGGUGGUCAUGUGGUCAGUGGCUAAUGAACCGAUAUCUCACUACGAACACGUGGCUGAUUACUUGAGAAAGAUAAUAAGUUUUACCAAAGAAGAAGACAUUCAACAAAGACCUGUAACGUUUGUCACCAACCAGACCCCGUACGAUGCAGAGAAACAGGAGAUGGCGUCCAAGUACUGUGAUGUAAUAUCGUUCAACCGUUACUAUGGCUGGUACACGUUUCCAGGUAAAACGCCAAAAAUAUCCAACACCCUAGAAUGGGAAAUGGAAGAAUGGUUCUGCAGAUACGGGAAGCCCGUGCUAAUAACAGAAUAUGGUGCCGAGGCUCUCGCAGGUUUACACAGGGAACCCUCCAUAAUGUAUACAGAAGAAUACCAGGUUGACGUUAUGAAGCACUACUUCCCAGUUUUCGAUAGGCUGCGAUAUCAUUAUUUGAUAGGAGAAAUGAUUUGGUCAUUUGCAGACUUCGCAACCCCAGAAUCUAUCAAAAGAAUUGGAGGUCAAAAUCACAAAGGCGUUCUAACAAGACAGCGACAGCCAAAGGCUUCGGCACAUGUUCUACGUGCUCGUUAUCAGUCCAUCACCCUGCGAACUUGCCACAGGUGCACUGGUGACGAGCUUUUCGACUAUCUUUUGCAACAUAGACUUCACAAACGUCAUUCACAUAAAUUUGAGAAACCAAGACUUCCAGCUUUAAUAAGAGAAGAAAGAGUUAAUACUACUAUAGGUAGGAGGUCUAUUGACUGAAGGACUUCAAUGGCUUUAAAUAACAC